GGAAAGUUACUGAAAGUCAAAUCAAUAUUUAAGGAGAAGCAUAGAACUCUUCAAAUAUGCAGUUUUAAGCAUCGUUCACCUUUCCACCAACUUGUCCUACUCCAGUAACAAUUUCCGCCAUGUCACGAGUUCCAAUCUUGACCAGGGAAGCUCCGGCCCCAAGCCCACACCUAUCACAAGCAAUUGUUUGCAACGGCAUGGUGUAUUGUUCAGGAGCACUCGGUAUCCACCCUGUGACGCGUAAACUUGCGGGCAGCGCAUAUGAGCAGACGAAACAAGCUUUGAAUAAUCUCAGCGCAAUUCUGAAGCAAGCCGGUACAGCUACCGAUGAAAUCGUGAAAGCAACCAUCUUCCUGUCAAGCAUGGAGCACUAUGGCGAGGUGAAUAAGGCAUACUUAGAGUUUUUCACAGUGGACCCAAAGCCCAGCCGAACAUGUGUUGCAGUUCUGCAACUCCCACUGCAAGGAGCUAAUGUAGAGAUUGAGGCAAUUGCAAGCAUUUCCCAGGCAAGCAGACAGCGCUCUUCCUAUAUCUAGAAGGAAAUAACUUAUUAUAUCCUAUACACUUAGUUAUAAAGGGUUACCAUAUCUUGCUACUAAGUCUCUCAUGUCUCCUAGCAUUCUAUUAAGUUAUGUGUCAAUAACUGUACGUUUAUUAGCAGGUUAACACAUACUGAUUCCUUAAAGUUGGU